AUGCGUGAACCGAACUUUAGUUUCCCUGCUCAAAACAGAGCAGCAGUCGUCAUCUCGUCAACUCUUUACGAUCGUCGGGCUCUCGACUGUACAGCAACAUUGCCCCUCGUCAACUCGCUUACUCACCUUGCUUACAUGACAUCGACAUCACCACGUAUACGAGAAAUCCUUGCAGCAGAUGGUGGAUUAGAACGACUCGUCAAGAUUCUAGCAACAUGCCAACAAACAGACCGGCAUUCAAUGUGGAAAUGGUCGCUUGCAUUUCAAAGCGUUGUCAAUGUGGGCGUACGUGGCACCGAAGCCAUACGAAGCCGUGUAGUGGAAACAGGCACUGUUCAUGUUGUGCUUGCUAUUCUCGAGAAUUUCUUGAAGGCAUUGGAGCAUACAAGGGCAGCUUCGAAUACUGUUACUGAAGAUGAUCCCGAACGCAAUAAGCAGCAGCAGCAGCAUGGUAGCAAUUCGACGACGACAACGAGUGCAUGGUCACUUCCUGCAGUGCCCACCCAAUCAAGGUCAAUGCCUAUUACGCCUUCACGGAGAUUUUUCGGUUCUGUCGAUCAGCCACAUCCAUUUAUUCAGCAACAGCAACAGCAACAAGUAUCAUCGCAACGACCUUUUGCAAUGCCCAAACGACGCACUUUUCUCACCCGCAGUCCAAAGCCAAAGCCAAAACCCAUCGAUCCCUCCUUAUCGACUAUACCAUUACUAAGCAGUCUAUCAGCUGAAGCAGUCUUGAACAGAGAAGAAGAUGUGCUCUUGUCGUUGCAAUUAUUGGCUUAUCUAUCCAAAUACCCACACAUUCGUCAAUCCUUCCACAAUGACCAUCGCAAGAACGUCUUCUCUGUUGUUGAAAAGUUCACUCACCGCAUACAUCCCCACCCCAUCAUGUACUGGGCAGGAGUCAUUAUGCGCAACGCCUGCAGGAAGGAUGAAGCACGAGGUGGUAUCAGGCAAUGUGCUUAUAUGCAUUGCGGCAAAUGGGAGCGGUAUCCCCGUGAAUUUGCUAAAUGUCGUCGAUGUCGCAAAGCCAAAUAUUGCUCUAAACAAUGCCAAUCCAAAGCAUGGGCGGAAGGUCAUCGAUGGUGGUGUGUAGAACGACAUUCGACAUCUCAACAACAACAACAAGCCAAUACCAAUGCUACUUCGACUACUACUACUACAGCUACAGCUGCAGCUACAGCUACAACAACACCAGCACCUGUAGUAGCUGGUACUACUGGAGGAACUCCUCAACCUGGAGCAGCAGAAACAGCAACAACUGCUACCACCCCUUUUCACGGUCCAAACACGGAUGUCUUACCGAUCCCGAUUAAUGAGCGGCAAAGUGAUCUUGCACCAACAGCAACAACAACAACACCUACCGCACCCAAUACAUUGGCUGGUCGUGAUAUCACAACAACCACAACAACCACAUCCAAUGAUCCUGAUCGCUCCUCUGCACUACUUUCAUUUACGGCAAAUGCAUCAGCAGAUAAUGGCAGUGAUUCUCAAAAUGAAGACAACCACCAUCAUCAUCACCAUCAUCACCAUCGCACUCCUAUCUUGGGUGAUCAUCCAUCUCGGCGAGAACCGCGUCGGCCCAGAUCUCGCUCUAGUCACCAUAACAACAUCCCAGCAUCAGGGUCCUCUACCGAGGUUGAAGCGGAUGUAGCCGAAAACAGAAUGAUACGAGACCUAAUGGAAGUCGAUUAA